UCUACUGAUCUGUACCUGUACUGUCCCAGUCUACUGAUCUGUACCUGUACUGUCCCAGUGCAUUACUGAUCUGUAUCUGUACUGUCCCAGUGCAUUACUGAUCUGUAUCUGUACUGUCCCAGUCUACUGUAUCCGUACCAAAACAGUUAAAACACAUAAUUAUGGGUUAAUGGCUUUAAAGAGGCAAUAAUUGCACUUCUGAGUAAAUCGAUUGAACAAGGGAGUUCUAUUAUUGAGGAACAUGGCUCAGCCAUGCCAUUAUCACAAUUAUACUGAAAUGUAUUUAGAUGCAUAAAUUUUAUUUAAUAAUCAUUGUGGUCCAUUAAAUCAGCUAUGUGAUGAACAAAGCAUUUCAAGAAAAGUGGGUUACUGUACGUAUUCAUAUUACAACUGUUAAUAUUCUAUCGUUAUAAGACUUACACUUAAACGUACAGCUAAUGAAAUUUCUUAUUUUAAGCAUAAUCUAUUUUUCUUUUUUUUAGUAAAAUACAUUUUAGAACUAAAGUGUUCAUUUGUUGCAGGAACCUCAUUUACUCCUUUGUAAGACCUUUUGAAAGUGACCCAAAGCUGACACAGUCUCCAGUUAAACUGUCCUCCAUUAGCACAGAAACCACUAUAGUAUUGCCUGGAGCUCUGCAGACAGGUCGGAUAAGGGAGGGGGCUGUUUAAAUGCGUACAAGUUACAGUUCAAUCAACAGGUUUUAGAUGCACUGAACCAUGCCUCUCGUAUGAACUGUGAAUGUGUUUGUACAUUGAUUCUGUUACAGCUCUCAUCACAGAACCAUGCCUCUCGUAUGAACUGUGAAGGUGUUUGUACAUUGAUUCUGUUACAGCUCUCAUCACAGAACCAUGCCUCUCGUAUGAACUGUGAAGGUGUUUGUACAUUGAUUCUGUUACAGCUCUCAUCACAGAACCAUGCCUCUCGUAUGAACUGUGAAGGUGUUUGUACAUUGAUUCUGUUACAGCUCUCAUCACAGAACCAUGCCUCUCGUAUGAACUGUGAAGGUGUUUGUACAUUGAUUCUGUUACAGCUCUCAUCACAGAACCAAGCCUCUCGUAUGAACUUUGAAGGUGUUUGUACAUUGAUUCUGUUACAGCUCUCAUCACAGAACCAUGCCUCUCGUAUGAACUGUGAAGGUGUUUGUACAUUGAUUCUGUUACAGCUCUCAUCACAGAACCAUGCCUCUCGUAUGAACUGUGAAGGUGUUUGUGCAUUGAUUCUGUUAUCGCUCUCAUCACAGAACCAAGCCUCUCGUAUGAACUGUGAAGGUGUUUGUACAUUGAUUCUGUUACAGCUCUCAUCACAGAACCAUGCCUCUCGUAUGAACUGUGAAGGUGUUUGUACAUUGAUUCUGUUACAGCUCUCAUCACAGAACCAUGCCUCUCGUAUGAACUGUGAAGGUGUUUGUACUUUGAUUCUGUUAUCGCUCUCACCACAGAACCAUGCCUCUCGUAUGAACUGUGAAGGUGUUUGUACUUUGAUUCUGUUAUCGCUCUCACCACAGAACCAUGCCUCUCGUAUGAACUGUGAAGGUGUUUGUACAUUGAUUCUGUUAUCGCUCUCAUCACAGAACCACGCCUCUCGUAAGAAAUGUGAAGGUGUUUGUGCAUUGAUUCUGUUAUCGCUCUCAUCACAGAACCAAGCCUCUCGUAUGAACUGUGAAUGUGUUUGUACUUUGAUUCUGUUAUAG